AUGUUCACUGCAUUAAAGAAAUUAAUUUAUUCAGUGGGACAGGAAGAAUAUGUUAAAAGUUUUGAUUGUGGAAUAGCUUUUGUUCAAAUAAUUUCAAUAGAAGGUUUUAAUGGUUCAGUUAAAAAGAUUGCAGAUAUUAUAAAAAAUAUUAUAUGUGAAAGUGAUGAAUACUAUUAUAUUUUGGCAAAAAGACCUAAAAAAAUUAAAGAUCUAUUAAAACAGCGUGAUAAACGGUCUAUUGAAAGAUUUAAUUGCAAUGGGAUACUUAAAAUUAAAAUAGAUAUUGAUUCAAAAACUGCUAUUGUUCAACUUUACCAUGAUUUAAUUUAUGAUAGAUCAGAAAAGUUUAAUAUAAAUCAAGAGAUUAAAAGCUUUAUAAAAGAUAGACUUUGUCAAACACCUGCAGAAAUAUUUAGUCAAUUAGAAAUCAAUAAUCUCAACUUAACACAAAAACAAUGCUACUACUGGUAA